AUGAAACCGUACAGGUCCUCCACCCUCCAGGGGCAGCCACUGAUCCCGACAGCCUUCCCCUCGGAAAUCAGGGCCGCAAAGGAGAAGGACCUGCACCUCCAACAAGACCUCAAGUCGCGGUUCGAGCUUCUGAACCUCAAGUCGCCUCGCUUCUCGUUCUCGUCCUUCAGCAGCCCGUCAGUCAAGCAGCCCGCGCCAGUGCAGCACUCAUGGCUGCGGGAUCCCACGCCGCCUGCCACGCCGGACCCUGAGGACGCCAGAUUCCGCGGCGGUGACGGCCGAUUUCCCAUCCCACCAGGUGGCAAGAAUGCCAGAGACAGAUACACAGGCGGCAGGAUAUGCGGCCUGCAGAAGCGAUGGUUCUGGGCGCUGAUUGCCGUCGCGGCGGUCAUACUGCUGGGCAUGUGCAUCGGAAUCGGCGUGGGAGUCAGCCAGUCGAAUAGCAGCUCGUCACACAACGCGGGCUCUGGCGUCUCGGCAAACAGUACAGCAAGCUCUUCGACAUCGCCGUCUACGACGACCACAACAACGACGUCAACGUCAGCAUCACCCACAGCCACAUCGAUAGGCGGCGUAGACUGCCCGGCUGGCAAUGGAACGACUUACAACGUCCCCGGGUCCACCGCCAAGUUCCUGCACCUAUGCGGGGUCGACUACAGCGGCGACAAUGAGGCCAAAGACUUGAAGAAUGUGCAGACGGACAGCAUGGCCGACUGCAUGAUCAACUGCGCCGGCACCUCGGGUUGCACCGGCUGCGGAUGGGGAUACAUCGACGGAGACUCGCUCUACGAGCACACGUGCUGGAUGAAGACCGACCUCAAGACGGGCCACACUUCGGACUCGUCGUGGGCAUUUGCUAUUUUGUUGUAA